UUUUUUGGGGGCUUAAAGUUCAGAACUUAAAGUGGAUAAACUUCACGACUACAUUUGGAUUUAUCUGCAGGUCCUACUUGUCCUCAUUGAGUACAGGGACUAAGAGAGCUGGAAUUACGGUUUAGUUCCAGGAUGUUCCGGCUAUUCCAAGGCGCCUUGCAGCCAAAGGGUCAACCAGGUCGUGAAAGCCGCCUGGUGACCAAAGACGGGCGCUGCAACAUCAAGUUUGGCAAAGUGGAGCCAGGCAACCACCUGGCCUACCUGGUGGACGUGUGGACCACCUUUGUGGAGGUGCGCUGGCGCUUUGUGAUUCUCCUGUUUGUGACAUCCUUCACGGGGAGCUGGUUCUUCUUCAGCCUGGUGUGGUACUGGAUCGCCCGCAGCAACGGCGACAUGGCGCCCUCGCACAACCGCACCGACGGCCACGUUAUGUGCAUCACCAACGUCAACAGCCUGACCACGGCUUUCCUCUAUUCGCUGGAGACUCAGACCACCAUCGGCUAUGGCGGUCGGGCCCCCACCGGCCAGUGCGGCGGUACGGUGGCCGUCAUCAUCCUCCAGUCCAUGGCGGGCCUAGUCCUCAACAGCUUCAUGUGUGGCAUCAUCCUGGCCAAGAUCUCCCUGCCUAAGCGACGGGCCAAGACGGUGAGCUUCAGUGACACGGCCGUCAUCUGCCUCAAAAACUGCAAACUCUGCCUCUUGAUCCGUGUGGCCAACCUCCGUAAGACGCUCCUGAUCGGGAGCCAGAUCUACGGGAAGCUCCUUAAGACUACCACCACCUCAGACGGUGAGACCCUCAUCAUGGACCAGCUGGAUAUCCACUUCACUGUGGACGCCGGCAAGGACAACCUCUUCUUCGUUUGCCCCCUGACACUCUACCACGUCAUCGACCGGGCCAGUCCUUUCUACGACAUCACUGUCGACACACUGCCCAGACAGGACUUUGAGUUGGUGGUCUUCCUGGAUGGCACGGCCGAAUCCACCAGCUCCUCUUGCCAAGUGCGAACCUCCUACCUCCCUCAGGAGAUCCAGUGGGGGCACAACUUCCUGCCCAUUAUCUCACGAACCAAGACGGGCAAAUACUCGGUAGAUUUCUCCAACUUUUCCAAGAGUGUACGGGUGGCCACGCCGCACUGCACCCAGUGCUUUGAAAGCAACGCAGAAGCCUGGCCCCACAAGACAGACAUUCAUAAGGUCCAGCAAAAGAUCGGCAUCCACAAUUUAGGUUUCCACGUCAUUGACAUUCCUGAAAUCACAGACAUCACCAAGAUGUGAUCCGAGACCUUUCUGAGCUCGUUGAAGUCCGAAAUGUUUCGGUCUGGUUACCAUUUGUUCGGAUCUACAGUGAAGAAAAUAAGUAUGUGAACACCCUGCUAUUUUGCAAUUUCUCCCACUUAGAAAUCAUGGAGGGAUCUGAAAUUUUCAUCGUAGGUGCAUGUCGAUGUGAGUGAGAUCAUCUUAAAAGAAAAAUCCAGAAAUCACAAUGUAUGAUUUUUUAACGAUUUAUUUGUGUGAUACAGCUGCAAAUAAGUAUUUGAACACCUCGGAAAACGAAUUUUAAUAUUUGGUAAAGUAACUUUUGUUUGCAAUUACGGAGGUCAAACAUUUCCUGUAGUUUUUUUCACCAGGUUUGCACGCACUGCAGGAGGGAUCUUGGCCCACCCAUCAGUCAGGUUUCUGGGCCGUCGCUGAGAAACAUGAAGUUUGAGCUCCCACUGAAGGGUUUUUAUUGGGUUUAGGUCUGCAAAUCGGCUAGGCCAUGCUAGAAACUUGUUAUUCUUACGGAGACACUCGUUGGUUUUCCUGGCCGUUUGCUUCGGGUCAUUGUCGUUUUGGAAGACACAGGCACAACCCAUCUUCAAUGCUCUGACUUAAGGAAGGAGGUUGUUCUCUCAAAAUCUCACAAUACAGGACCCCAGUCAUCCUCUCUUUAAUAUAAUGCACCCGUCCUCUCCCAUUUGCAGAAAAACACCCCCAGAGCAUGAUGCUGCAACCUCCAUGCUUCACAGUAGGGAUGGUGUUCUUGAGAUAGUACUCAUCAUUCUUCUUCCUCCAAACACGUUAGUGGAAUUAUGACCAAAAUGUUCUAUUUUACUCUCAUCUGACCACAAAGAGGCCAAGAUGGGCCUUGAUAUUUACUGGUUUAAGCAGGGGAACCUUCUGUGAUUUCAAACCAUGACGUGUACCAACAGUAUCCUUGGAAACUAGUCUCAGCUCUUUUCAGGUCAUUGACCAACUCCUGUCGUUUAGUUAUGGGCUGAUUCCUCAACUUUCUUAGGAUCAUUGAGACUUCACGAGGUGAUAUCUUACAAGGGGCUCCACUCCGAUUGAGAUUGAACGUCAUGUUCAUGUGCCAUCAUUUUUUAAUGAUUGCUCCAACAGAGGACUUUUUUUUCACCAAGCUGCUUGACAAUUGUCCCGUAGCCCUUUCCAGCUUUGCGGAGGUGAACAAUUUUGUCUCUAGUGACAGCUCUUUGGUCUGGAACAUGUUACAAGUUUGAGUCUUAUUGAUUGUAUGGGGUGGACAGGUGUCUUUAUGCUGCUAUCGACCUCAAACAAGUGCAUCUGAUUCAGGCUAAUACAUGGAGCCGAGGUGGACUUUUAAUAGGCGGGCUGGCUAAGAGGUCUUUCAGGGUCAGAAUUCUAGCUGAUAGACAGGUGUCCAAAUACCUUUUUGCAGCUGUAUCACACAAAUAAAUUGUUAAAAAAUCAUGCGUUGUGAUUUCUGGAUUUUUCUUUUAAGAUUCUCUCUCACAGUGGAUAUGAACCUACAAUCAACAUUUCAGACUCCUCCAUGAUUUCUAAGAGGGAGAACUUGCAAAAUAGCAGGGUGUUAAAAUACUUAUUUUCUUCACUGUAGAACCAGGAUGAGGGUUACCUUUAGUGUACUGAGAGAAGUUGAAAAUGAAAACAGAAUCAGAACAAAGGCACGCAAGAUCUUCUGUGAGAUCUUUGGUCAAGUUCCGAAUUGGGUAACUUGAUUAAAUUUCACAAUGAUUUAUCAGGGUUUAGAAACCGAUCCAAGGCCUAUCUGUAGUUUGAUGGAGCGAUACGAUUUCAUAAAAACACUUGAUCAAAACAUCUUAACUUUGAUAUCAAAUGUUGCCAGCGUGACUUUAGAACGGUUGAUUUCCCAAACUCUAGUUGGUGAGAUCUUCAAGUGUCUGACUGAAGGUUGUGACUGAACUGUGAAGGACGUUGAAAGCACAUUGCCAUGAAAAGGGGCAUUAACAGUGAAUGGCACAGCGGGUACCUCUUGAGAAGAUUAACGUCUGAGACUGUUUUAAUGAAAAACUGCUCUGUGGGUGAAGAAAAAAAAAAUUAUAACACAAGCACAGGACUUUUAGCACGUUCUCAUUAGUGCCAUGAAUUCGUAGUGACAGACGUGCCCUUACGCUUGCGUGAUAGCUGCUAAAUGAUCGUUUGUCAGUUGUACUGUAUGUAGCUCGAAGUUACGCAAUAAAUUUUAUUUUUAUGAUAAAAUUUUGAUUUAAAAAAAAAAAAACAAUUUCUUUGAAAUUAUUGCAUAUGCCAAUGCAGAUUAGUGGUCAGUAGAGGGGAGUAAAGAACCAGUCCCACACAAGGCCGCAAUAUAAAGUAAAGUUGAUGCUUUUGUAAUUCAAGGGCGUAGGUUUGGUCUCAACGUUGGUAGGGACGAUAUAACAGCAUAACCUAUAUGACCACUUUUUGCUGGGGACGGGACAUUAAUAAGACCAAACAGAUUGGGUGAACAGGGGUCAGGGCUACAUUUCUCAUGAAUAUGAACCUAAUUAAUUGAUAGGCUAAAUUAUCAAUGCAAAAAUAAAUCUGUAUUGACUUAUACUCAGGAGUGAAAGUGGUUAGAAUUUCUUGCCGGAACUCCCCGAUGUGAAGGUCGCCACGGAGCCAGAAAUUUUAUUUAUUGAUUGAUUUUGGGGGGUAGGGGCGUGUCAAAAAACUACUGAAAUACAAAGAAAACUCCUUUUGGUCAAUUAUUUCUGGAACACAUUAAAAAAACUGAUUUUCAUUCAAAAUUGUAUUUUUUCAAUGGUUUGCAAAAUAAAAGUUAACAAAAACAGCUCCAACCUCCAUCUCCUAAUUUUUAUUUUCCCUCAUUUCCUCACAUACUAAAUGCCAAAUCUCAAUUUUAACUACUUAAGAUCAUAGGAGGUACAGUAUAUUAAAAUUGAAUAUAAACAUUUACUAUUACUUACUUUUUUUAAAAAUAAAGAUAUAAGUACCAUACAUUCAGAAAAAUAAGUACAAAUGACUUAUACAGAAUGAAAUGGAAUAUAUUUUGAAGAUCGCGCAAACAUUGACUUUUUUAAAUUAAAAGGAAAUGAAUAAGUAGCCUAACAUAAAUGAACAAAUAUAAGUCCAAACUGCACAUUGACACCUAAGAUGUUCUGAAGCUCCCCAUCAGAGCAAAUAAAAUUAAAUAUGAUAAAUAAGCCACCUUAACUCUUUCCUUGCCCUUAAAGGGUAUUAAAACACUAAGGGGCUGUGAGAUAUCAAUAGAACCGUUAUGUGGCAAGAUAACACAUAUUAAUAAAGUUAACAAAAAAAUUAAUCGCAUUCAUGAGCAAUUAUCGAAAAUAGAUCGAAAAUCACAAACAUUUCCGAAAGUAUUCCGGAAACAGCCGAAUGGGGCAGAGACGUCAUAACAAGGAAACAAAAGGUAGAGGCAGGUGCCAUCGUCGUUUAUCGAUGAGAGAGUUGCGUUCGUGUUUUAUCAAAAAAAUCGCUAAAAUGGUUCAAACCUGUCAUGCUAUGUGGUUUACAAAUAGCCAUUUGUCGCAAUGUAGUACCCAUGAGUUCCCGAACGCGAGAAAAAGAGCUGGACAACGCAGACAAUGAGUAAAGUUUGUCAGUGCUAAGAGGGCUAAUUUUGCAGACCCAGCCUCCGGCACGGUUUUGUGUGGUGCGCAUUUUACACCUGAAAGCUAUACGAACUAUGGACAAAUGAAAUCAGGUUUUGCUAAGAAAUUGCUGCUGAAAGCAGAUGCGGUGCCCACCUACACGCGCAGCCAUCUAAAUGUCCCGAGAUAUCAAGAAAGAGGACGAUGACUGGUUCUGAUGAGACCACCCCACAUCAGGCAAAGCAAAAGAGGGAAAUGGCCAGAGUGAGUACUCUUUUAUAAUAAAAAACAUAUCACGCAUUGGAUAUAGGUCUGGACACGUAUAAAUUAUCGCUCGUAAAAUAUAUAGAACAAAUCCUCUAAUCCCAUUCAUAUUUGUGUCGGCUGGCAGAGCGAUGAUAGCACAAUAAAUGAUAAUUAUUCUAUACAUUACUUUGCGGUCGCGGUGUAUCAGCUUCACAAAAAGAAAUGCAAAACAAACCAUUCGGUGUUUCUUUUGCCGCCAGUGUUUCAUCAGUGUGAUUGCUCCCCUCAGUGAUCGUUUCAUUGGGCUGCAUUGGCUUUCGUUUGGGCUCAAACUGAUAACCUAAAACACCACAGAAAGGUCCAUAUCUCUCCUCGUCAUCAUUAGAAGAAUGUUCGUUACGUCGGAUUCGUCGCUGCAACUAGAAACAAAAUUGUCGCCGUCAUCGCCGCCAUUCAGUACUAAGCACUGAGCCGGUUGUUUCCUUAUAGUGACGUCACGCACACAAUAUGCUAGAUUUCCGGCAUCUCGGGGGCGGGUCGUUUUAGCUUGACAAUAGACCUAAUUUCUAUCAUUUUCUUGGUGUUGCGAUGUAAUUACACGAAGUGGCAUGAUAUGAAUUCAAAAGGCAUGCGUUUAUGGAUAAAUGAUGGAAUAUUAGCAUUUCCCCAGGUGUUGUCAUACCCUUUAAAGAUUUGAUCCAUUUUCUGUUGCAUUGGCCUUUUUUUUUAAUUACAAAUUUUUUGGGGGGGCCUUUUCAGAAAACAUGCACAUUUGAACCAAUCAGUGCUAACUAUCUUUGGUGAUCUUAUGUCAGUAUGUUAGCCAAAUGAACGGAUAAAUGAGUCCAGGUGUUUUGAUUUGCUGCGUGCAUUAACGUGACUCUUCAUCGUCAAACUCAGAUAACUACAGCAGCUGGGGAAACCUCCAUGCCAUCCGUGGAAUAAAAUAAAUAACAAAUAUCGGUGGAAACGGAUUACGCUGCACAAGCAAUUUAUUAUGCUUGUUGUUAAAACUUGUGUAUGUAAAUCUGAUUGUUGUAGAUUGUUUUCUUCUUGGAGAUGAAAUGCAUGUGUAGCAGCUUUGUAUUUUAAAUUUUUUUUUUUUUUACAUAGCGUUUUGACAGUUGCCGUCAUAUUUUCGGAAUCAAAGCACCGUAUACCGGAACGUUCUGGCCCUGAAUCUUAUACUGGAACUGCGUUCCAGCGCUAAAUCUUAUACUGGAACCGCGUUCCUGACCGUUCCCGCCCAC